UAACCAUUUUCCAUUUCUUAAUCUCUGGAUUUCUUGGAGUCUGUGAUAUGGAAACUUGUAAUAAAAACCCAGUUUUUGUCUCUCUGGUUUCAUUGAUUUUUCUGCUCUACUCUUUUGCUCAGUUUUGCCAUGCGGCUAAUGAUAAAAUCAGGCAAGGUGAAGCAUUAAGAGAUGGCGAAACCUUGGUAUCUGAGAAUAACGUUUUUGAACUGGGAUUUUUCAGUCCUGGAAACUCCAGUUUUAGAUAUCUCGGGAUAUGGUACGAGUUUGAUUCGGAAGCAGUUGUUUGGGUUGCCAAUAGAGAUAAGCCAAUAUUAGGCAGAAAUGGAGUCUUGAGGAUCGAAGACGACGGUAAAUUAGUCGUCCACGACAGAAAUGACGGUGUAGUAUGGUCAUCUAAUGUUUCUCGUUCAUCAAACAACACUGCAGCAAAAUUGUCGAAUGACGGAAAUUUUAUGCUAUCAGGAGAUGACGGUGGUAGUACCCUAUGGGAGAGCUUCAACGAGCCGACCGAUACAUUUUUGCCUGGAAUGAGAGUUCCGGUCAGUUGUAAAAGAGGUGAGUGCCGUCAUUUCAGAUCGUGGAAAUCACCCGGUGAUCCUUCACCGGGAAACUACAGCUUGUGCGUUGAUCCUAAUGGAGGACAGCAGAUAGUACUAUGGGAUAAUAACAACCAGAGGAGAUGGAGAAGUGGGCAGUGGAAUCUGCAGUUUUUCACAGGCCUCCCCUUUAUGAGAGAUAAGGCUAAUUACCUCCAUGGUUUUGACAUUUCGCGGCCCGAUGAAAACGGAACCAUGUACAUUACUUACACUCCGCUGAAACACCCGAAACCGUCUUUGUUUCGAUUUCAGAUAAGCUGGGAGGGUUGGGAAAAGCAGUCAAGGUGGAAUGCUAGUGAAAAGAAAUGGGACUAUCUGCACACAGAGCCUGAUCCUGAUAACCAAUGCGAGCUUUACAAUCUUUGUGGGAAUUAUUCAACCUGUGACCGAUCUCGAAAGUGCAUUUGUUUAAAAGGGUUUAGACCAAAGUCUCAAGCUCAGUGGGAUGCAAGCAACUGGUCCGGAGGGUGUGUACGUAAGCUCGAACUGCAGUGCCUGAGUACUAAUGGUGCAGUAGGAGAUGGUAAACCAGAUGGAUUUCUGAAAAUCAAGAGCACAAAGUUACCGGAUUUAGCCAACUUGUAUCCGGCGGCAUUGAACCCACACAAUUGUAAACAAAACUGCUCGGAAAAUUGUUCGUGUAUUGCGUAUGCGUUUAUUAUUGGGAUUGGAUGCAUGAUAUGGACAGGGGACUUGGUCGAUAUGCAGCAUUUUCAAGAUGCUGGAAGCCUGGAGUUCUUCUACCGCCUCCAUCAUUCUGAAUUAGAUCCUGGGAGGAAGAUUUCCAAUCUUAUGAUAGUUAUAAUUUCUCUGGUGCUGGCGGGCUGCUUAGCGGCAUCUCUAUGGCUCCUAUGCAGAUACAAGAAGAAACUAAAAGUUUCAUCAAGGCCUUGUUGCAUGGACGAUGAUGUAGCGGUUUCUGAUGUGUCCAAGAUCAAAAGCAAAGAAUUCUCGACAGAUUUUUUCGUACCAACUGAUAUCCUUAUAGAUGGGAGUCAAGUCAAUGGUCCAGAACUGCAAAAUUUUGAUUUUAGUUAUAUUGCUACUGCAACAAAGAACUUUUGCGACGAAAACAGGCUCGGGCAGGGCGGUUUUGGCACCGUUUACAAGGGAGAGCUUCCUAGUGGUGAACAAAUAGCGGUAAAGAGGCUUUCAGUGCAGUCUGGCCAAGGCUUAGAGGAGUUCAAAACUGAGAUUAUACUGAUUGCCAAACUGCAGCAUAGAAAUCUUGUUAGACUAUUGGGCUGCUGCAUUCAUGGGGACGAAAAGCUGCUGAUUUAUGAGUACAUGCCCAAUAAAAGUUUAGACAGACUUCUUUUUGAUGAGGCCAAGAAAGCAGAGCUAGACUGGAGAACCCGCCUCGGCAUCAUUGAAGGCAUCGCGAGAGGACUUCUUUAUCUCCAUCGAGAUUCAAGGCACAGAAUCAUCCAUAGAGACUUAAAGGCCAGCAACAUUUUGUUGGAUGCAGAAAUGAAUCCAAAGAUUUCAGACUUCGGUAUGGCCAGAAUGUUCGGCGGUAACCAAAAUGAAGCGAAAACAGUUCGAGUAGUCGGUACAUAUGGAUACAUGUCGCCUGAAUAUGCAAUGGAAGGCCUAUUUUCGGUGAAAUCCGAUGCUUACAGUUUCGGGGUAUUAUUGCUGGAGAUUGUUAGUGGCCAAAGGAACAAUAGCUUCCGCUCAUUUGACCACACUAGUCUUCUCACAUAUGCAUGGCAACUUUGGAGUGAAGAUAAAAUAAUGGAUUUGGUGGAUCCUUGCAUUCGGGAUUCAUGCUCGCCGAAUGAAGUGUUGAAAUGCAUUCAUCCAGCGAUGCUGUGCGUGCAAGAUUCGCCGGCGCGUAGACCGAAAAUGGAGACCGUCGUGGUAUUUCUCGAGAGCGAAACUGCAACGCUCCCGAUGCCGACGAAACCCACCUAUACUUCCUUGAGGACUGCCGUGGAAGAGGAAAAUGUUCUGGAUGGUCAACAAGUGUCCUCGAAUCAUGUCACGGUCACAACUAUAGUUGGAAGAUAGAUUGUUUUGUUCAUAAAA